CGCCAAUCGCGCGCAAAUAACUCGAGUUUGUCUCCGUAGGUGGCGGGGUGGGGCCACCGUUCUUUCCGUCGUUUUUCUGAGUGCUUUUGAGAUCGGCCUGCUCCAAAAACGUGUUUCCAAGAUGAUGGGCCGUGGGCAAGUUCCGAUUCUCGUUCUAAGCCAGAAUACCAAGCGAGAGUCCGGGCGGAAGGUUCAGAUCGAGAAUGUUCGAGCGGCUAAGGCAGUUGCGGAUGUCAUCCGAACUUGCCUGGGACCAAGGGCCAUGCUGAAGAUGCUGAUGAACCCGAUCGGAGGAAUCAUCAUGACCAACGAUGGCAACGCCAUCCUGCGCGAGAUCACGGUUCAGCAUCCGGCGGCCAAGUCGAUGAUCGAGAUCAGCCGCACUCAGGACGAGGAGGUUGGGGACGGGACGACCUCGGUCAUCAUUCUCGCUGGCGAGCUGUUGUCGGCUGCCCUGCCCUUCCUGGAACAGAACAUGCACCCGACGGUGAUCAUCGCUGCCUACCGCCAGGCCCUGGAGGACAUUGUGACCCUCCUGAGGGACAAGAUCAGCACUCCCGUGGAUGUGAACAACGAGGAGCAGAUGACGAACAUCAUCAAGAGCUGCAUCGGCACAAAAAUGAUCAGCAAAUGGGGGGACCUGGCCUGCAAGAUUGCGCUGGACGCAGUCAAGACCGUGUGCGUGGAAGAGAACGGCCGCAAGGAGAUCGACAUCAAGCGCUACGCCAAAGUGGAGAGGAUUCCCGGAGGCUCCAUCGAGGAGUCUUGCGUCCUUCGCGGAGUGAUGCUCAACAAGGACGUCACGCAUCCAAAAAUGAAGAGGAGGAUCGAGAAGCCACGCAUUGUUCUACUAGACUGCAACCUGGAAUACAAGAAAGGGGAGAGCCAGACGAACAUAGAGAUCCUGCGGGAGGAGGACUUCAGCAAGAUCCUGGAGAUCGAGGAGCAGUACAUCCAGCAGAUCUGCGCCGACAUCAUCAAGCUCAGGCCGGACGUUGUCAUCACGGAGAAGGGCGUGUCCGAUCUGGCUCAGCAUUACUUGAUGAAGGCAAAUAUCUCGGUUGUACGGCGCGUGCGCAAGUCUGACAACAACCGGAUAGCUAGGGUGUGCGGAGCCACCAUCGCCAACCGCACGGACGAACUCAAGGAAGAGGACGUCGGGACCAAGGCAGGGCUCUUCGAAAUCAAGAAGAUCGGCGAGGAGUACUUCUGCUUCCUGACGGAGUGCGAGGAGCCCAAGGCGUGCACGAUCCUGCUGCGGGGGGCAUCCAAAGACGUGCUGCAGGAGGUGGAGCGCAACCUGCAGGACGCCAUGGCGGUGGCACGUAACGUGAUGCUCGAGCCCCGCCUGGUGCCCGGAGGGGGCGCCGUCGAGAUGGCCCUGGGACACCACCUGACAGAGAAGGGCAAGAGCAUCACCGGGGUCCAGCAGUGGCCGUAUCGCGCUGUGGCCAAGGCCUUCGAGAUCAUCCCGGCCACCCUGGUACAGAACUGCGGGGCAAACACCAUCCGGGCACUGACCGCCCUCAGGGCCAAGCACGCUUCGGGCGACGACGUGAACUGGAGCAUUGACGGCGAGACCGGCAACAUUGUGCCCACAAGCGAGCUGCAAGUCUGGGAGCCCCUGGUGGUCAAGCUGCAGGCCUACAAGACUGCCCUCGAGACCGCCAUCCUGCUGCUGCGGAUCGACGACAUUGUUUCCGGCUCGAAGAAGAAGGACAAGGGGGAUGGAGACCAGGGGGGUCCGGCCCCCGCACCGACGGAGGAGUCCAUGAAGGAGUGAGGGUUCCGUCCACUCGACCCCCAACAACCCGAGAGGGAGAUUUUCCUCGUCGUGGGCCAAUAAAGAACCAAAGGACGAAAGUCUGUUUUCUCAUUGC